CAAUAAAAAAACCAUUAUAAUCACAUGGUUUGGAUUUGUCGGUCCACUUUCCAACCCAAGUAAAAUUUAAAUGGGUUGUAUAUAAAGAGUUUUGUCAACGACCAGAGGAAUAUUGGAAGACUAGCAUAAUGAGGAUUGGAACAUUACUCAAAAGUCUUGUCUGUAUCGGCAUUGUAACAGCCUAUCCUAAUUUUAAAGAUAUCCUUCCGAAUGGAAACGAAGUACCACAUCCAUGUAAAGCUAACUACGUGUGGCAUGGUGUAGGCCACAACAAUCCACUUGGAGGUGGAAGUAGAAACCAGUUUGGUUUGGAUUUUAAAGCAGCGGGAUUGUCAUGGACAUCUGAAUUAUGCAGAAAAGAUUCUGAUGGAGACGGAAGAACAAAUGGCGAAGAACUUGGGGAUCCUGACUGUGUCUGGAAACAAGGAACUUUACCCUCACGUUUAACAGAUAUAACACACCCAGGAGUGUGUACGUUAUCAGAUGGGUCUAUCUGUGAUACGGACAAGGAAUGGAUAGAUUGUCAAGUGGAAGAUGGACUGAAAAAUUGCGAUGUUAUGAAAGAACCAGAGACAUUGAAUACAACCAUUCGCUUUCCUGAGACGGCAGUGCCAGCUGAAGAAACAACGUACUCCUGUAUGAUCUUUAAUCUUCCUUCUGGUCAAGAUUAUCAUCUGAUGGCAUAUGAACCUUACAUAGAUAAUCAAAUGGUCAUGCAUCAUAUAUUAAUUUACGGAUGUGAUCCGAAUGAAGACCCAGUGCCAGACGAAAAGCUCAAUACAGUUACCAAAUGUGGCAUGAGUGCAGCUAGUAACUGCAAUAAACUCAUCGGAAUAUGGGCGGUUGGAUUUUCUGGAUAUUGCAUAGAUGGACCAAUGGGAUUUCGUAUUGGUCAAAAUGGAUUCAAACAGGCCGCAUUAGAGUUUCACUGGAACAAUCCACAGUUAGUAGCGGAUUGGAAAGAUUCAUCGGGAAUUACUCUUUAUUAUACUCCAAAACUUCGACCAAAUGAUGCUGCCAUUUUGGCGACUGGUCAGACACACAUAGAAAUUCAACCUGGACAACAGAGUUACACAGUAGUUGGGAAAUGCCAUUCAGAGUGUUCAAGACAAUUAAUACAAAAACCAAUUAAUAUAUUUUGGGCUACGAACCAUAUGCACUAUUUAGGACAUGCAAUGAGUAUUAAGGUAUACAGAGACGGUGUGUUUUAUACAGAACUUACAAAUGAUGCUAUUUAUAACUAUGACAGUCCUGUAGAGAAAACGUACUCAACUGCAGUUCAAGUGCUACCAGGAGACGAAAUUGUAACGACAUGCAAGUUCAAAUCCCUUUCUAGACCAAAGACCACGUUUUUUGGUGAUGCUACAAGUGACGAGAUGUGUUUCGGAUUCAUGGCUUUUUACCCUGCUGCAAGCAUGCCAUUCCCUACGUGCACAGCAUGGAAAGAUAUCUCAAUAUGUAAUCAGUGGAUUCAACAAGAACAUAACGAUUGUAAAUGGGUUGAUUUUAUGGUUUAUAAUGUAAAUGAAACAAAGCGUGUAAGGGAUGAAGUAAUGGCCAAUUGUAAACCGUUCGGGAAUUGUCUUUCUGAAUGCAAAGCGACACUUCAGGUCCUUUUUGCUGAACAUCCAUGCAUGCAAGGUGACGUGUACGAAUUGAUCAAAGAAAUGGCUAUUAAAUGGGACAAUAAGGAAAUGCAAGGUUUUAUUGUAGCAGUUGAUUCAUGUAAAGCUGAAAUGGCUGCAGAUGUGUACCUUAAAAAUCUUCAAAAUGACAAUACUAAUGGAUCUGACCGGUUGGGUGGCAACUGUUUACUACUGUUAUCUAUGAUUGUUUAUAUGAUGAUCAAAUAAUUAAUCUUUAAGCCCCCAUCACACUAGACCAAGACCAUGCAAAUCCCACUAUGAUCUAUAUAAAAAUAAGAUCGAGGUGAGAUCGUGGUAUGGUCGGCUUGAAUAUUCAACAUUUCAAAGUUUUCACGUUCAUACCACGACCUUGUUAUGAUCCUGAUAAGAUCCUGCUACGAUUAGUAGCGAAAUCUUUUCCAUUAGCUUCCCGAUUGCACCACGAUUUCAAAUACUAGUACGAUGCUUCGUAUAGUUUUGGCCACGACUGCACUACGAAUGUUUUGAUAAUGUUCAAAUUUGGUCGUUGACCUCCACGAUCAUGGAGACAUUGGCACGUCCUUACUACGACCACCACGAUCUUACAACGACUUUCACAAAUUUUCAUAAUUUCAUUUCGGAAUCGUGGUCUUAGUGUGAUGGGGUAUUACUCUCAGAAUGAAAUAUUCAGACUUCCUCUUCUUGAAAAACCUGCAUCCACAUCUGAUAGAUAUGAUAUACAAAACAACCUGAAACAAAAGAUUUGCUUCAUAAUAUAAAAUAGCGUCCUUCUUUCCAAACAGAAUUAGCAAAACUGAGUUCUGCCACGUGUAUCUCUUCUAAAUAAGGAACAACCAAUAAGAGUCGCACAUGCAGACACGAGCUUCUUUACACGAAUAAACCACGCCUAAAUUAUAUGUAAGCUUACAUCUACAACUGAUAGGUAUGUUACACAAAAAUUGAUGACACUAUCACUUGGGCUUACAUUUCGUGGUUGUAUGACCCACUUCUAUGCCCCCCCCCCCCUCCCCCCCCCCCCCCCCCCCCAAUUCCCUUUCACUUAAUGCAGAAGUCAGCUAAUUUAACUUAAAACUUGGCUGUGUGAAGUCAACGUUUUUAUUACCAUCGCCCCAACAUACACAUUACUAUAGAUGAUGUCAAGAACAAUUUGAUCUUUUAUAUUGAUGCAAACUGUACGAUAUACUUGCAAUUGAGCGGUUCUAUAAUACCAUACGGUACCAUUUUUACUGCAACAAUUAUAAUAAAGUACACUAUCUAGUAUAUAAGACUAUAAAACUUCGACUUACCACUGAGAGAAAAUCAUACCAAGGAAUAAACAUCGAAGAUCUAAGACCACUUCAUUGCUCACCCCUUUAAAUAAAAAGGGGCCAUCUUAGAGCAUAUAAUUUUAUUAUCUCUUUGGUUUUCUCUUAUUAAAAGCAAGCUAGUUCCCAUCUUAGAAGCUAAUAUUUCAUUUCAUAUUUUCAGUGAAUUUUACUUGCAUAUUUUUGUGUUAAUGCUUUAUGCAUGUUUCGGUAUUCAUAAAUCUGAAUAAAUGAUUUACAUUAUUGUU